GUGCAGUUGUUCAACCUAGAUUUGCGAAUAUCCUCCGACGUGCUGCACCGAUACGAGUCGUCAACAUGUCAACAGAUAACAACGAUGAAAAGUUCGUGAUAGAUCUCGACCAUGGGGAGAUACCCGAUCUGAGAAAUUCGAAAGGCCACGGGUUUUACUGUUUCAAGCAUGAUGGGGUUUAUUUCUACAUACUGCCUCAGACUGUGCUGAAGGGAGCUCGUCCUGCAGACAAAUUCAGAAGUAUCAAAGAAGCCGAACUGAAAGACGAUGACAUCUUUAUCUGUGCAUAUCCCAAAUGUGGAACCCAUUAGUUGUGGGAAGUCCUCGAGAUGCUAAAGAGUGGUGCCAUCAAAUACCAAAAGGAUGUGAAAGAGACCGGGAUGGUGGAAUUCCUCUCCAAAGAUGGUAUAGAAGCAGUGCCAUCUCCACGUGUCUUCAACACCCACCUCCCUCUGCGCAUGCUCCCUAAACAGGUCGUGGAGAAGAAGAUCAAGUGUAUCCAGAUCAUGCGGAACCCUAAAGACACCUGUGUGUCCUUCUUCAACCACUGCAGGGACAUGAUUCCGCCACUUGGUUAUGAUGGGGACUUUGUGGAGUUUACAGAGGCGUUCUUGUCAGAAAAAAUGGUGUUUGGGUCCUACUCCACCUAUCUGCUAUCAUGGAAAGCCGAAGUGGCAGCUGCACCAGAGUUACCUGUCCUAGAUUUGUUCUAUGAGGACAUGAAAUUUGAUCCUGUCAAGACUGUGAAAGACAUCGCCAGAUUCCUAGGCCUGUCAUCAACGGACCAGUUUUGUGAAGAGGUUGCGAAUACUUGUUCCUUUAAGAAGAUGAAAAAGGUUGACCAGGAAAUGAAAGGUGACAUUCCCAUGACGAUCUGGGCAGAUGGCAAAGAAGGGACGUUCUACAGAAAAGGUGAAAUCGGGGACUGGAAAAAUUGGUUCACUGUGGCAGAAAACGAGAGCUUUGAUCAAAUAUGGAAUGCCAAGAUGAAGGAUUCUGGGUUCAAGUUUACCUACACACCUGUGUGAGGUCAUGUAGAGACACUGGUUCAUGCUCACAGAUACAGUGAAAUUUGUGAUACCCAAGAAGCUGAGUGUCCGUGAACUAAUGCGACAAUUUGCGACAAUGUACUUUGGAUGCAUCUAUGGCUCGGCCCGAAAGUUUUAUUACCUAUCUUUGCUGGCUCCGCAUUCUCACAGUAACCAAUCAGCUAAGCCACCGUUACAUCCGAGC